AGAACACUGAAAGGUGUGAGCUGCUGCUUUUUGAUAUUUUGAAAGGGUUUCAGGGUUAAUUGAGGAUAUUAUAUAUAUAAAGUCGAUUAUUAAUAUAAACGAAGGACUUGUGAGACGUCUUCUUAGAAACAUUCAAUUUUAAUUGAGCCAACUGAAAAAGUAUAUCAUCUCAUGGCAGAAGAAACCGCGGACAUUCUUGAGCCUACUUCAUUUUUAUUCCCAAAUGAGCAAGCUUCAAAUCAAUUAGUUGAGGAGGCCAUCAGAUACUUCUCUGCUGUCAAAGUUCCUUCAUCUAGUCCUAUUCAGAAAGUCGUUACGAAGAAUCUUGAUGCUUGGCAGGUCUAUAACCAACUAGCCAUUGCUGCAAAGCAUACACUAGAUGAUCUUCCAGAUUUAGAUGUUGAGGAGGAUAGACCGUCAGAUGAAGAGAGUUAUGCAUCUGAAGACUCGCAGGAAGAAAAUCAAUUCGAAGCAUUACCAGCCGAGAAUCCAGCUGAGGAUGUGGAGAAUGAGGAAGAAGAAUUUUUAGGGUUUUCUGAUAGGGGAGAUGAAGAGAACGAUCAUUUGAGCGAUGAAAAUAUUGAGAACGAGGAUUUGGAAACUGGCAAUUCUAAUGAGGAGGACGAGAACGAACAAGUGCAAGAAGAUCAAGAGCCCAAAAAAGACGUGUUUGGUUUAAACGACAAAUUCUUUGAUAUAGACGAAUUCAAUAAGCAGACUUUAGCUUUGGAAGAACAGGAGGACGAGCAAAAUCACGAGAUUGGCGAAGAAGAAGAAGACGACAUUGAUUUGUUUGUUGAUCCUGAAGAAGAAGAUGAGGAGGAAGAAGGUGGCCCUCGUGCUGAUUCAAUCUUGUAUGAAGACUUUUUUGGUCCAAAAUCUGCGAAAGGCCGUCGUGAAGUUAGUAAAAAGAAGAAGCGUGACGCUGAUGCUAGUAAGAAAAAAAAGGCGAAGAGAGUACCAAAACCCGAGGAAUCUGACGAAGAAGAAGAUCAAGAGGAACCCCAAAACGAUGAUAAUACCUUUGAACGCGUUAGAAAAGACCUUUUUGCCGAUGAAGAGGAGGAAGAGAAUGAGAAUUCUCAACAACUCCUCUCUUCUUAUGAACGUGACAAGGCUCGAAUUAGUCAACAAAUUAAGGAGUUAGAAUCUGAAAACGUCGCCAAGAAACCCUGGACAUUGAUUGGUGAAGCAACAUCCAAAAGCCGUCCCAGUAACUCACUUCUUGAUGUUGAUAUUGAUUUUGAAACUGGUGCAAAACCCGUACCCGUGCAAACUGAAGAGACAACAUCUGCACUUGAAGACGUAAUUAAGAAUCGCAUCCUAGAGAAGAGAUUCGACGAUGUACCUCGUAAAGCACCUAGCUCACUUCCCGAAUUUCGUCCAAGCGAGCUAUUUGAGCUUGAUGAAAAUAAGCCUCAGCAAUCUCUGGCUGAUAUAUAUGAGGAGCAGUACAUGAAGAAAGCGAACCCCGAUACUUAUCAAAGUGGAGUUGACAAAAAGCGCCAGGACGAUUAUAAUGAGAUUAAAACCUUGUUUGAAGAUGUCAGUUACACUUUGGAUGCUCUCUCUUCUUGGCACUAUAUUCCAGCUCCUGCUGAGGCCAAUGUGCAAGUUGUAUCUAACGCCCCUACAUUAGCGAUGGAAGAAGCUCAACCUACUGCUUCAUCUGAUGCCAUGGCUUUGGCUCCUCAAGAAGUUUAUCAACCCUCUAUGGAUAAUCGCCAGAACGAGACUGUCGAACGCUCUGGUAUCGCUGUAUCAAAGGCUGAAAUGGAUCACUCAGAGAAGCAAGCUCGUCGUAGAAGAGUUCGUACUAAGCACGCUGAAAAACGCAAACAGUUGGGUGAAAAGAGACGUGGUACUGAAAAAGAGCAAGUCGUGCGUCAACUGUCUCGUGCUGAUGUUCAAGUCAUUGGUGCUGGCGGAGAACGUAAAAGAAUCUCUUCUAAAUCUAAAGAUAAACCUGCUGCGGCGCUAUCCUCUAAUCAGCUUUUACUUUAAGAUUAAUGUUUUAACGGUUCAUUUUCUGCAUUCAUUAAAAAGAAUUGUUUGGGAUAUAAAAAUUUUUGUUUUGGACUUUACAAUUGGGUCGCGGUGACAUAGUAAUUAGAAUUUUAGGGAUAAAAGAUAAUAAAUUAUAGUAUUGAAGAUAAAUUAUAGUAUUGAAGGCUUUCUCAUUUGUUAAUUCGUUCAUUCAUACCACUGAUUCCACUUUUCUUCUAGUUCCGGAAGGCAUCUAAAUGGAACGCUUUCUACGCUUUCAAAUCCCUCUUUGACGCUUGGCUUUUGAAACUUUGAGCGGAACGAAACAUACGCCACUUCUGGUAGGCCUUUAAUCUGUAAAGCGUUAGUAUUUCACAAUAAUUGGCACGCCUGAUGAAUAAUAGAUACCUCUUGCUGAAUAUAUCUAAAAGUGUUAUUGUGUUUAGCCAAUUGUUCAGGUACUUCUAAAUAAAUACAACGCGCGGGAACAUUAAAUUCUUUAGCUAGCUUAACC